AUGGUUAAAGUAGUUGGGAAACUAGUUGAUGAUCAAACAAGAUGUGUACAUUGGAAUUCGCCACUUGAUGUGAUGGCAAUUAAAUUUAAAUGUUGUCAGACGUUCUAUUCAUGUUAUGAAUGUCAUCAAGAAAUGACGAAUCAUGAUCCUAUAGUGUAUGACUUGAAUAUUAAGAAAGAGGCUAUAACACCCACUAUCCUGUGCGGAAAAUGUCAAAAUGAAAUGACAUUUGAAGAAUAUUCAAAAGGUAUCAAGUGUACAAAUUGUUUAACAAAUUUUAAUCCAGGUUGUAAACUUCAUUAUGAUAUUUAUUUUAAGAACGUCCCAUCAAAUUUGCAAUCAUGCGAAUUGUAA